AUCAUGUGCUGUCUAUUGCAGAGUCAUGAGCUGGGAUUACCACAGUAGGAACCUGAAACAGUAUCACAUGGAUGCAUCAAACCAAAAGUCUUUCCUAGUUUUUCAUGUCUCCCAACUUUAUAUUACUGCAGUAGUGUAAAAGCCAAACAAAGAAAAGGAAGCCAGACAGUUCCUAGACAGCCCAGUCAUAAUAUUCUGCUCCUGCAUACAAAGAUAUGAUUACUUUUAAGCCAAAAGGUACAAAGUUCAUAUCAGAGCCUGCAGGAGUGAUUUCAUCCUGUAGCAGGCGUGGGCGGGACUUUCCACUCUUAUUUGACACUACACUCCAAUAGAGAAGAGGCACCUUGUUUCAGUUAUGAGGACCUAAAGGCCAAGUCCUAUUUGAAGGGACUCGGUGAAUCAACACUGCCAAUAUGAAAGGACACAGCUGAGGAGAUUUACUGUACACUUCUAAUACUCUAUUCUUCAUUGUAAUAUGCACUAAAGUAGCUGUCUUCUGUGACUACAGCUCAGCUACAGGUUGAUUUUGAGCUACGCGUGGAGACCGUAUGGCUUCAGGUGGAGCAGAGGAUGACGAUGGAGGCAUUCCAUUGGACAUUGACAAUGUGCACAUGCUCCUUCAAGUGGAGCAAGAACAGAUUCAGAAAAGGACGUUCACCAACUGGAUAAAUGCUCAACUCUCUAAGAGAACACCUCCAUCAUUUGUGUCAGACCUGUUCUCUGACCUCAGAGAUGGGUCACGACUGCUUGACCUGUUGGAGGUGAUGAGUAGCCAACGUUUGAAAAGACAAAGGGGCCGUGGGGUUUUCCAGCAGAGGGCCAACAUUGAAACAGCACUGAACUUUCUCAAGAAAAAAUCUGUCAGACUGGUGAACAUAAACAUCCCAGAUAUCAUAGAUGGAAAACCUUCCAUCAUUCUCGGCCUUGUAUGGACCAUCAUUCUCCACUGUCAUAUUGAGGAGCUGGCCAGCACUCUCUCCUUCAGCUCUCGUCAUUCAUCCCUCGACUCUCUGGCCAGUUUGGACUCCUGGUCCGGCAGCCCAAUCCCAGCGAGUCCAGUUCCUCCAGGCCAGACAUCGCCCCUCCACAGACGCUUCCGAAUAUCCGCCAAGAAAGCCCUGCUCAUGUGGGUGAGGGACCAAUGCCAAAAGGUUGGUUGCUUUGUCAGUGUGAAGGACUUCAAGUCGAGUUGGAGAAGUGGAGAGGCCUUCUUGGCCAUCUUGUGCUCUCUCAGACCACAGCUGGUCGAUCUCUCUCUGGUCCAGUCCAGAAGUAACCUGGAGAACCUGGAAGAAGCGUUUCACCUGGCGGAGAGGAAGCUCCACAUCGCCCGCCUACUGGAGCCCCAGGAUGUUGAUGUUGACGACCCAGAUGAGAAGUCCAUCAUGACUUAUGUGGCCCAGUUUCUACAGUACUCCAGUGACAUGCCAACGCCUGAUGAGCAUCUGGAGGCAUCUCCAAGUGAGCGUGCACGAGAGGUGACUUGCUGGCUGCAGCAAGCCUAUGACGAACUGUCAGAGACGUGGACGGCUGCAGAGAACUCAAGCUAUGCAGAAAAAUAUCAGGUGUUCCAGAGCCUUGCUAGCUCCUUCACUGAGCAAAGGAGACCAGUGAUGACCCUCUUCUCUGCUAUAAGACGAUGCCCCGAGCUGAGUCAGGAGCAGCAUGCUCUCAGGACAGCAUGGGAUCGUCUGGAGGAGGAGCUGCAGAGAUGUAAAGCAGACCUGGAUGUGAGUCUUCCUCCUCCUCUGGACUCAGUGGCUGUGUGGCUGAAGCGUGCGGAGGCAGCGCUAACAGAAGAGGGAGAAACAGUGAAAGAGCACACAGACGCUGCCAAAGAAGCAAGAGCACAACAAGACACUCUACAGACUUUAACUAAGGAGAUGAGCCACCACGUGAAUAUCAUCGACACUUUCCACAACAUGGAUGACUCCAGGAACAUAAUAGUGCCCCUUGAAAAGUUUGAUGAGAUAAAAAGACGAUUAACCAAUGUCAGAGUCACAGCCAAGUAUCAAGGGAUCAAGUUGGAAUACAAGGAAUCCCGUCACACCGUACUGGACCUCCUGGGCCGCAUCAGUGCAAAGGUUCAGUCCUGGAAAGCUCCCUACAGAUCCCAGGAGACAGUUAUUCUGCUUCUCCAGGACUGGCAUGAAACAGUGGAGCGCCAAGGUCUGCUUUUGAUUCUGAUGGACGCUCUCCAAAAACUGAAGGAGAGGGCUAAUGCUUACACUAGCAAAGCAGCACUAGAUUCCCAGCUAGUUACUCGACAGGUGAAGGAAGCAGAAAGUGAAGCUGCGCUGGUCACACAGGCUGUGACGACUGUGAGAACAAUGAUGGAGAGAGUGGUGUCUGCGUGGGAGACGUAUGAUAAGUGCCUUACCUCUCUGCACACAUGGCUGGCACAGAAAACACAAUCUGCUGCUGAGGGGACGCAGGAUAUGAAUGAGUGGUCGUCAUGUCAGGCUCGGGUGAACGAGGUGGGGAACUUGCUCAUUGAAGUGACAGAAUCUUCAACCAGCCUUGUUCUGGCCGAGCAACUCAGCAAGCUCAACAAGCAGUGGGCUGAAUGCAUGAAGAGGACUAUUUUCAUCCGGUGA